AUGAAAUUUAUAAAAGGUCUUGAUUUUCGCAAGAAUCUCAUAGACAACGGACAUCUGGGUCAAGGCAACAACAUGGUAUACAAUGUUUCACUCAACGGAAAAAUGUAUGCAUUAAAAUAAGUAAUAGUGAAUUCCUCCUAUAUUGAAAAUGAGAUCAAAAUCAUGUAAUCAUUAGCCAACUCUCCGUAUGUGAUCAAUCUCAUUGAUUAUAUGAUAUUAGAAACAGUCUCUCAAGACAAAUACACUUAAAGUCAGUAAUUUGCAUAUUUGCUCAUGGAAAAGGGCUAGCAGAAUCUAGAGUAAUAUCUUAAAUAAAGAGAGCAGUAAUAUCUAGAUGUCGAAGAAUUGCAUAGAAUUUUGGAAUAAUUAAUAAAUAUAUUUGAAGAUCUCCAACAAAAAAACAUAGCUCAUAGAGAUAUAAAAUUAGUUAACAUUCUAAUCAUGGAACCCUUUCAACUCAAAGCUUGCGACGUUGGCUGCAGUUCUCAAGUGGAUAGCAUUUAAACUAUCAGUGUUGUCGGAACAAAGUCCUACUUAGCCCCUGAGUUAUUGAAUGCAGAAACGAAUCGACUUAAGCACAAUCCCUUUAAAAGCGAUGUCUACUCUUUGGGAUUGUGCUUUCUCUAUUUAGUUACUCUAUAAUUAUGGAAUUCAAGACAGAUUGUUGGUUCUAAGAUUGAAGAGGAAAUAAUGGCAGAUUAUUUAAAACACGUUAAAAGAAUCACUGCUGAUGACAAUAUCAUCACUUCAAUCCUCAAAAAGAUGCUCUAAAUCAAUCCAAACAACCGACCUGAUUUUAUAGAGCUCAAGCAGAUCUAUACACAAGCGAAAGAAUCUCAAAAUCAGUUGAUUAAUUUAUCAAAAGGAACAACGUUUGAAUCUUUUGAAUCACCCAAGAAAUCCCCUUUGUAAUUUGAUUAUCUUUCACCUGAUGUCGUAAUCAAUAGAAGCAGAAAUUCAGGAUCCAACUUUUACAAGGAGGAAAGAUAAAAGUCAGUCAAAAAUCUACCUUCCAAUUUGAGUAACUCGAAGAAAUAAAAAUCUUAAGCCAAUCUAUUAUCAGAAUCAACAAAAAAGCUAUAAGUUGUCAAAUCAUCAAAAAAUGCUUCCACUUCCAACUUACACCUAAAGGAUGCAUAGUAUUUUAAUAAACCUCCUACGCCAAAUCCAAUCAAACUUACUUAAUCUGCUAAGGCGAAAUCCUUCUAAGAUUCUGCAUCCCCUAUUCAAACUCAGAGUAAUUUCUAGCAACGACAGUUCUCUAAGUUCCACCAAUCUGUUAUAGAGAACAAAAAGAUUCAUACUGAGAGUUUUUCUUAGACUAUGCCGGCAAUUCAAACGAGCAUGCUGGCUGAUGUAAAGCCUUUUGAUGAUUUCUUAUAUUGCGAUUAUGAAGACCUUACUAAUUUAUACCAAUUUUAAAAUUAUGUUUGCCUUUAUUAAAAUGGAUAAAAAUCAAAUAAAACAAAAUGCUUAUUGCCUAACAGUUGUAAAUUGUUAAAUUUAUAACUCAAUAAUUCAACUCCAGAACUUCAUUUAUCUCCAGUGAAUGAUAUACAAAUUCUCAUUCUUGAAUUAAUUGAUGAUUCCAAUUAACAAGCUCUUAUUUAUAGGUGGCCUGAAAAUCUUGGUUCUAUGUGCUUUUAAGCUAUAACAUCUCUUGAAAUUAUUGUUAAUACUCAAUAACCUUAAACUAAUAAUAUUAUAUAAUUUCUUACUAAAAUAUAGCAUAUUCCUAAAAUUAAAUUGAUCUAUCGAUCUGAAAUAUCAGAAUAGGAUCAUAGAACCAUUAUUUGGAAAUUAAGCAGAUAUAACUGCACUUCCUUUGAUUUCAGAAUACCUAAUAUUAAGUUGAACUUAACCCAAAUCUCCUAAUCCUGGUAGUUUAAUCAAUCUCUGGAAGAGCUGGCACUAGAUUACGAAGAUUGUGACAUCCAUUCGACUUUUUCAUUCCUCGUCACAUCAAUAAGAACAGUAGUAUUCAAGAAGUUCUACAUUAACUUAACAAAACUGCAAUCCAAAAACACAGAAAUAAGUUUGCUUCUUGAAUAUUUGGGAUCCAAACAUUAAAUGAGAGACCUAACCUUAAUUAUGAAUUACAUUACCAACUAUGAUAAAAUGGUAUAAGACAAACUCAAGCUUAAUAUAUCCAAACUUAAAAAUUUGGAAAAGCUCCAACUAUCAAUAAUUGGAAAUAAUGUUAAUUUUGAUUUCAUUGAAAAACUCUUUACUAUUUUUGAACAACUCAAAGAACUGAAGAUGGUGAUAUUGAAGUUUGACAGAGUAUUUGAAAAAUAAAAAAUUAGAGAACUUAAAAUGGCACUCCCCUAUUUGCAACCUUAUGUGUUAUAGUUUUAUGGUACAAAUAACACAUUAACAAUCAUAAUGCAUAAUAAUGAUUUGUAAAAAUUAUAAGAUUAUGGAACCACAAAAUGUAAUUAGGGAAAACUGGUCAAAUUGAGUUAGAUGUAUGAGUGCAUUAAGUGUUCUAAAGCUCACUCUUUCUUUUUAAAACAUCAAUUUCAGAUAUGUAGUACAUGUGUAACAAAUUGCCAUUCUAAAUGCGACAACUUUAACUUGAACAAUACUGAAGCAAUAACAGUGAGUUCGGAUUCUUUAACCCAGUGCUAAAAUAUCCUAAAUACUAUUAAGAAGAAUCACACUUUCAUUGAAUCAAAUGACACAAGAGAUUUUAAAUGUUACUGUAACUUAUUGGGUAAUUGUACAUAAGCAAUUUGCAAUAAGGAUAGAAAUAGAUACGAGAUUUAGUUUAAAUGCAAAUCAUGCAACAAAGUACUGUGUCGAAUGUGUUCUUCUGAUUGUCAUUCUUGUCAUAUCAAUAAAGAAAUGUAUAUAAAUAACUUUAGAUGUGAAUGUGAUUGCGAUAAACAUAUAUGA